GGGGCGGGGAGCAGGCUGGGAGCUGCGGGCCGGGUACGCUUCUCGCGGGCGCGCGGAGCGAGGACGGUGACAGCCACGCGCGCGCGUGCGUGCCCUGCUGCGGCGCGGCCCCGCGACCCCCGUCGGCAGCCCAGAGGCGCGCCGGGUCUGGGCGGCCGCUGUCUAGGAUUCUUGUUCCCGGGCGUGCCCGGCGUCCCCGACCCCAGUCUCGGAGUGUCGGGCCUCGCCCGCCCCGUCUUCUCCUGCUAGCGUCUGCCCCUUGUCGCCGUCAGGGCCUGCCCCCCAACUCCCCUUUUUCGCUCUGGGGGCAGGGUCCUCGCGGCCCAUGCUGGCCGCUGGGGACCCACGCAACCCAGCUCGCUCUUGGGCCGGCCAGCCGGCCACCAUGGUGGCCCUGAGGCCUGUGCAACUCCUCCAGGGGGGCUAACAGGUCCAGAGCACAGGCUUUGGGGCGCGAGGGUCCCAGGCCUGAGCCCCGCGCCAUGGCCGGGGCCAUCGCUUCCCGCAUGAGCUUCAGCUCGCUCAAGAGGAAGCAGCCCAAGACGUUCACAGUGCGGAUCGUCACCAUGGACGCCGAGAUGGAGUUCAAUUGCGAGGUGAAAUGGAAAGGGAAGGACCUGUUUGAUUUGGUGUGCCGGACUCUGGGGCUGCGGGAAACCUGGUUUUUUGGACUACAGUACACAAUCAAGGACACCGUGGCCUGGCUCAAAAUGGACAAGAAGGUGCUGGAUCAUGAUGUUUCAAAGGAGGAGCCGGUCACCUUUCACUUCCUGGCCAAAUUUUAUCCUGAGAAUGCUGAGGAGGAGCUGGUGCAGGAGAUCACACAACACUUAUUCUUCUUGCAGGUGAAGAAGCAGAUUUUAGAGGAAAAGAUCUACUGCCCUCCUGAGGCUUCUGUGCUCCUGGCUUCUUAUGCUGUCCAGGCCAAGUAUGGUGACUACGACCCCUCAGUGCACAAACGGGGGUUUUUGGCCCAAGAAGAAUUGCUUCCAAAAAGGGUAAUAAAUCUAUAUCAGAUGACUCCAGAAAUGUGGGAGGAGAGAAUUACAGCUUGGUAUGCAGAGCACCGAGGCCGAGCCAGGGAUGAAGCUGAAAUGGAGUACUUGAAGAUAGCUCAGGACCUGGAGAUGUAUGGUGUGAACUACUUUGCAAUUCGGAAUAAAAAGGGCACAGAGCUGCUGCUUGGAGUAGAUGCUCUGGGACUUCACAUCUAUGACCCCGAGAACAGGCUGACCCCCAAGAUCUCCUUCCCGUGGAAUGAAAUCCGAAACAUCUCAUACAGCGACAAGGAGUUUACUAUUAAACCACUGGAUAAGAAAAUUGAUGUCUUCAAAUUUAAUUCCUCAAAACUCCGUGUUAAUAAGCUGAUUCUUCAAUUAUGUAUUGGGAACCAUGACCUAUUUAUGAGGAGAAGGAAGGCCGAUUCUUUGGAAGUUCAGCAGAUGAAAGCCCAAGCCAGGGAGGAGAAGGCUAGAAAGCAGAUGGAGAGGCAGCGCCUAGCUCGAGAGAAACAGAUGCGGGAGGAGGCUGAACGCACAAGGGAUGAGCUGGAGAGGAGGCUGCUACAGAUGAAAGAAGAAGCCACGAUGGCCAAUGAAGCACUGAUGCGGUCAGAGGAGACAGCAGACCUGUUGGCUGAAAAGGCCCAGAUCACCGAGGAAGAGGCCAAACUCUUGGCCCAGAAAGCCGCAGAAGCAGAGCAGGAGAUGCAGCGCAUUAAGGCCACAGCCAUUCGGACAGAGGAAGAGAAGCGCCUCAUGGAGCAGAAGGUGCUGGAGGCUGAGGUGCUAGCACUGAAGAUGGCUGAGGAGUCAGAGAGGAGGGCCAAGGAGGCAGAUCAGUUGAAGCAGGACCUGCAGGAAGCCCGUGAGGCAGAGCGAAGAGCCAAGCAGAAGCUUCUGGAAAUCGCCACCAAGCCCACAUACCCGCCCAUGAACCCAAUUCCAGCACCGUUGCCUCCUGACAUACCAAGCUUCAACCUCAUUGGUGACAGCCUGUCUUUCGACUUCAAGGAUACUGACAUGAAGCGGCUUUCCAUGGAAAUAGAGAAAGAAAAAGUGGAAUAUAUGGAGAAGAGCAAGCAUCUCCAGGAGCAGCUUAAUGAGCUCAAGACAGAAAUUGAGGCCUUGAAACUAAAAGAAAGGGAAACAGCUUUGGAUAUUCUGCACAAUGAGAAUUCGGACAGAGGUGGCACCAGCAGCAAGCACAAUACCAUUAAAAAGCCUCAAGCCCAAGGCAGAAGACCUAUCUGCAUUUGAGCCCUCAAAGUAGGUUAUUCCCAGCUCACUUUGCAGAGUGCCAAGUCUCGAGUGGCCUUCUUUGAAGAGCUCUAACAGGUGACCGGGCCACCCCAGGAUCUGCCACUUCUGCUGCUUCUGGCACCACGGGAUGGGUCCAACACCAUGGAAACCACCCCUAGGGGCUACCUGGGGGCUCCUGUGGGAGCUCCAGAAUUUCCCCCAGCUUAGUGGAGAGCCCAGCCCCCUUCAUGUGCAAUUGCCUUUGAACUACGACCCUGCAGAGAUUUCUCUCAUGGCGUUCUAGUUCUCCUGACCUGCGACUUUAAUUUUUUUGAGAAGUGUUUGUCCUUUUUUGUCUUAUGUGGGAUCCCACACUUCCUCUGUUCCAGCACCAUGGUGUGUGUGUGUGUGUAUGUGUGUCUCUGUCUGUCUGUCUGCCUGCCUGCCUGCCCAGCGCUGACCUCCAGAGCCUUGUCUGGGAAAUGGUUGUAGGGAGUGAAGUGCAGAGGCCGCCUGGAGGCCAGGAGGCUAGUCUUGCUACUCCACCCUGCCCAGGGUUCCGGGACGUCCCUGCCCUCCACAGGCGAGGACCUGGCACAGUGAAGCAGUAGGCCUGGCUGUGCCGGGGGCCCAGAGCAGCCUGUUGCCACACGUCAGCCUGAAGCUUGGGACCCGCAAAGCGAUGAGUCCUCAGCGAGGCAGCGCCGAGACAGUGCCGCUGCCAGCUGCUGGGACCGGCAGGCCAGCUGCGACUGGGGAGACUCGGGGAAGAAGCUGUGAUGAAUGGCCACCAGCCAGCCGAGCGACUGGGAGGCAAAUAGAGCGGUGUAGGGAUCUGACGGUACAGUGUUCACUGCCCCCACAGCCACCCCAGCCCUGGUCAGAGAGGCAGGUGGGAGCCACAUGUGUCUUCCCCGUCCCCCUGCCUAUGGAGGAUGGGGGGCUUCCUGGUCAUGUUCUCAUCAGUGCCUGGAACCCCAGGCAUGACCAGGAGUGUGGGGGGUGCUCCAUGAGCUCCGAGGCCCCACAGGUACUUCUAGCUGUCCUAACACCACGCUUCAGAGCCCCAGUCCUCCUGCCUCACCCCUCCUCUAGGCCACAUGCCAGCAGGACCUUCACUUAUACCUGGGCUUCAUUUUGCUGUUUCUCUGUCCCCCCCCCCACUGAAGCCCCUUUAUUUUGUGUCCCCUUGAGGGCCCAGCGAGGUCUCUCUCAUCCCUUCCAGCUGGCGCCUGACUCAGGUGUCCACUCGAAGUCGGUGCUCACACAGGUGCCUGGCAGCACUCACUCCAGGGUCUGGGGCCACCUCGGAUCCUUUUCUCCAUGACUCCUGUUGCAGCUGAGGCCAACCAGGGCCCUUAGGUCCUAACACCUGGGCCUUAACGCAGGGCAGGUGAUAUGUCUUAAUCAGGGAAAAGACACUUAUUAACUGAAGACAGAUGAGGGCCUCGAGAUGUCCCGAGGGCAGAGGCCAUCUCAGGUGAUUCCAUUUGGUUUUGAGAAACUGAGACUCGCUCGUGAGAUCCGGCUUUGUUUCCACUGUCAGGCUGAUCUAACAAGGUCCUGGGCUGGCUGCCCCCUUCUUGAGCCACCUUGCCCCUAGGAAACCAGCUCUGGGCACUCAGGGAGGGACUCCAGUCUAAGAAUCUGAAAGCAGAUGGCUGUGGCAGAUAGGGAGAGUCCUCAGGAGCUGAAGCCUUGGGCAUUUGCAAAGUCAGGUCCGGCUUUUGUGCCUGGCUCUGUCUUCUUGGGUGUAAAACCCAUCCCUGAAUUUCUACCAGGACUUACUUUCCUCCCGAUCUGUAAAUUUAAUCUUUAACAGUGGCUGUGGGGCACAGGAGCAUGAUAGUCGUUUAUAAAAAUGAUGUCGGGCUGUGUUUUUUAAUUUAACUGCUGUGUGUAUCUCUGAAGUCCAAGAAAUGCCAAGCCAUGUGGCCACGCUGAGCUAUGGCCACCUGGGGCCCAGCUGACCCAGGAAGGAGGGCCUGCCAGUGACGCUAACAGCCAGAAGCCCUUCGGCCCUCUCUGGAGGGAGAAGAUGGGGUCCUCAGAAUGUUGAGCCCCAGUAGAAGGAGAAAGAAUGAGAGCAGUGCUUGGUUUUCAGAGACUUGUGCCUUAGCCGAGGUGACUGUUCUGUCUAGUGAGUUUUUGUUUUUUGGUUUGUUUAGGGGGGGUGGUCUUUUUGGUGCCGGGGAUUGAACUCAGGGGGCACUGGA